CGGCGGUACCGGUCCGCCCUCGCAGAGCUGCUGCUGGGCGGCGAGGGGGCGGUGUGGAGCCGCCGGUACGAGCGAGCCGCACCGCAGCAGGUGUGUUCCGAGGUGGCAGAGGUGGCGGCGCGGCUGCGAGUGGCACGGGUGGUGGUGGGGCACUCGGUGCAGCGGGGGGGCAGGGUCAGCAGCAGGUGCGGCGGCCAGCUGGUGAUGGCGGAUGUGGGCAUCAGUCGCGCGAUUGCCGGGGAGAUGGCGGUGCUGGAGUGUACGGCAGGACAGAUGCGCGUGCUGUACGGUGACGGCCAAUCGGAGCGGCUGUAAGGAUGACACCCAUGUGGCAUGACAGAAGAGGGUGGUCUCGUAGUCUAGUCUGGGGUGUUAAAUCAACUGAUGGGCUGUAUCCGCUUGCGGCCUGAAAAUGCUCCACUGCACGGC